AUGGGCCCAUCUUUGGGGAACUCAACAUUCCAGUCCAAAAUAACAGAAUCAGCUGAUAUUGUUGUUGGAAUAUGUUAUAUAGUAUUUGGAAUAUGUUCCUUGUGUGGGAACAGUAUUCUCCUAUAUGUCUCCUAUAAGAAAAAGAAUUUGUUGAAACCAGCAGAAUACUUCAUUAUUAACCUUGCCAUCAGUGACCUUGGUAUGACUCUGACAUUGUACCCUCUAGCUGUAACCUCCAGCCUUUCACACAGGUGGCUGUAUGGGAAACAGAUUUGCUUGUUCUAUGCAUUUUGUGGGGUGCUGUUUGGGAUCUGCAGUCUCUCAACGCUGACAUUACUGAGCAUGGUGUGCUGCCUCAAAAUUUGUUUUCCAGCUUACGGGAACAGGUUCAGGAGAGAACAUGGACAAAUCUUGAUAGCCUGUGCUUGGACUUAUGCAGCAAUUUUUGCCUGUUCUCCCCUAGCUCACUGGGGAGAGUAUGGAGCGGAGCCCUAUGGCACAGCCUGCUGCAUUGACUGGCGUUCCACCAACGUAAAUGCCGUGGCCAUGUCUUACACCGUAGUCCUCUUCAUUUUCUGUUUUAUGCUCCCUUGCGGAGUAAUUGUUACUUCCUACUCUCUUAUUCUGGUAACUGUGAAAGAAUCCAGGAAAGCAGUGAAACAGCAUGUCUCCGGCCCCGCAAGGAUGAGCAACGCGCAAACCAUUACUGUCAAG